AGUGUGUGAAGCUUCUGUACUGCUUUCAUUUAUGUGGGUGUGCCUACUGCGGACUUUCCAGAACGACUUUUAGGAAAGGCGGACACGCCAGUCUGUAUUGUCUCUGAUAGCUCAAGGAUAAGUCCGCAAGAUAACUCCAUUGUAAUCAGGAGCGUAUAAGCGAAGUUAGCGCGCCGCCAAGAAUACUCCGCCGCCGUCUUCACAGGCUUUAGCUUCAACAGAUUACGUGGCUAUGGGUAAACCACAGCGUCGGCCUGCGCCAAAAGGUCCACCCCCAAAGAGCGAGAAAGAGCUGUUUGAGGAUGACUUCCCACAAAGCGACGACGAUGAAGACGCCUUCAAGGCUAAGAAGGACAAAAUCAGCUUGGACAUGUCAGACGAUGUGGAUGACGAUGACAACAGCCUUGACAUGGAGGGCGUCUAUGACUUAGACGAGGAGGAUGAGGAAGAGGAUGAGGAUGAGGAUGAGGGUGCUGACGAGGACGAGGACGACGAUGAGGACGAGGACGCCAUUAUUGAACAAGCCAUUAAGCAAGGCGGCCGCAUGGCAGAAAUUGCCAAGCAAGCCAAGGCGCUAGGCCAGAAGCUCAAGCUCAUGGCGGGUGCGGAGGAGGAGGAGGAGGAGGACGAGGAGGAGCCCGCUGGUAAGCAGCGCGGCGGCAAGGAGGUCGACCUGACGGAGGGGCUCUGGGGCGCCAACAAGCGCGCGUACUACGAUGCCGACACGGGCGAGGCCGCCAGUGACGAGGAGGCGCUGAAGGAGGAGGAGCAGGAAGCGCUAGCCCUGCAGCGCGCCCGGGCAGCGAAGCUAGCAGCUGCGGAUUUCGGCCUUGACGAGGAUGACCAAGACGAGGAGGACGAGGAUGAGGAGGACAGCGAGGAGGACGAGGAGGAGGGUGCGACAAUGGGUAGCCUGGCGGCGAAGGGGCCCGCUCGCAAGGAGGACAAGCAGCAGCAACAGGAUCAGGAUAGGAAGCAGCAGAAGAAGCAGGGGUCCAAGGCAGCUCAGGUGCAGGUGGAGGCAGUAGAGCGGGACUUGGCAGCGCUGGGUGACGAGGCGCGAAUGUCGGCGCUGCUGGCGGAUGCGCCCGAGCUGCUGAGCCUGUUGCAGGACCUGCAGGAGAGCCUGUCGGAGGUGCGCCACCGCGUGUCGCCGCUGCUGUCGGAGCUGCGUGACGGCGGGCUGGGCACCUCGGAGGGUCUGUCGUACCUGGAGGCCAAGCACCUGCUGCUGCUCAGCUACUGCAUGCACAUCGUGUUCUACCUGCUGCUCAAGGCGGAGGGCAGGCCGGUGCGGGACCACCCGGUGAUUGCAAGGCUAGUGGAGCUGCGCGCUUACCUCGAGAAGAUCCGCCCCAUCGACAAGCACCUCUCCUACCAGAUCGACAAGCUCCUCAAGGCCGCGCAGCUCGCCUCCGCCGCGCCAACCGCCGCCAACGGCCGGAGCGCCGCCGCCCGCGACGACGACGAAGCCGCAGCGGCGGGCCCCGGUCCCGGCUCGGAAGCAGACGCCCUGCAGUACGGGCCGCGGCCGGAUGCGCUGGUGCCCAAGAUCAAGAGUGCGGCGGGUGUGGAUGGCGGGGCUGCGGACGAGGCGGCGGGAGUGUACCGGCCGCCCAAGAUCAACCCUGUAUCCAUGGAGUUGGAUGAGCGGCGGGCUGCGGGAGGAGAGGAGCGACUCACCACGCAAGACCGGCGGCGACUCAAGGAGCUUAAAGCCAAGGCUAAACGCAGUGACACGCUGCGCGCCCUGGCUGCUGAGCUGGCGGGUGCGCCCGAGGAGGAGCGGACGGCGGUGGCGGGUCUGGACUCGGUGGCCGCGCUGCGCACACGCGCCAAGCUGGAGGCCCGGGCGGCGGUGGAGGAGGACAUGUUCAUCCGCGUGCCGCUCUCCAAGGACGAGGCCAAGCGGCUGCGGCAACAGCGGCGUGCGGGCAUGAGCGGCGCAGGGCUGCUGGAGGACUUUGGCGACGAGGUGGCGGACCUGGUAGACAUGACCCGUGGGUCGGCCGGGGCAGCCGGCGCCAUUGCGCAGCGCGGCAAUGCCCUUAACGACCUGUUCGCGCGGCAAAAGGUGUCGCAGAAGUUCGGUACGGACCAUCCUUCGCUGUCCAAGCGGCCCCAUGGUGGCGAUGAGGACCUGCCCCUGCGCGAGCCGCUGCACGAACGGAGAGCCAAGUUCGAUGCGGCGGCGGCCCGGCGGUCAGUGCGGGCUGACGAGGAGGGCUUUGGCGACGAGGAGUACGACCUUAGCGGCGGGAAGAAGAAGCGGAGAGCGGCGGGCGAGGAGGACGACUUCUACGCGCAAGCCAAGGCGGAUGCUGCUACCCGGAAAAAGGCGCGCGCGGAGGCCCACCGCGCCCCGGCUCUGGCACCGCCCGCACCCGACCCGAAGACCGACGCUGCUCGCGGCAUUACGGACGAGAUCCAGCGCAACCGCGGCCUGACCCCACACCGCCGGCGGGACCAGAAGAACCCGCGCAAGAAGAACAGGAUGAAGUUCGAGAAGGCCAUGGUGCGCGUCAAGGGUGCCGUACAGCCUGUACGGCAACCAGAGGCGGUGGCGUACGGCGGCGAGGCUACAGGUAUCAAGACCAAGGUGGCCAAGAGCAGGCGCCUAUGAGGGCGCUGCUGGUUGCUCGGCUAGCGGGCUUCGGCGGCGGGGGUGCAGGUUGGACUUGUACAGUAGCAUGCAGGGUAGGCAGUGGUGCGAGGAAGGCUGUCUGGGGUCUCACCUUUAUGGGGUGCGUCGCAAACUAUGGCAUGUGACAAUUGUUGGGCAAAGCUGGUGGAGUUUUGUUCACGUCGGUGGCGCAUAGGCAGUGCGGAUGGAGGUUUACGGCUCGCCUGGCCACGCCUCUUAGUUGUUUUGAGGCCGGACAAGCCGAGUAUGCAUCGUUCCUGUUCAACUAAACAAAGCUAUUGCAGUAAACGAUUGCUGGCUGGAAUGAUGCUACCUCUGUAAGACUCGUCACAGGA